AUGAGUUCUUUAGAAGAAAGACGUGCAGCUCGUGCAGCCCGUAGGCGCAAGCAGGAGGAAAAUGAUGAUAUGAAAACAAGUGUUUUGUCUGCUGAUCUUGAGGAAAGACUUGCUCAGCGUCGCCGAGAACGUGAAGAACGACUCAAACUCAUAGCUGCGGGGGUUAGCACAAUAAACGGGGAGGAUGAAUUUGAACGACGAAGACGGGAGCGCCGAGAACAGAGGCUGAGAGGUGCUGGGGAAGAACAGGAGGAAACCACAUCUCGUCGCAGUCGUCGUCGGCAACAAGCAGAGGAGGAAGAGGACACAUCCAGCUAUCGCUCACGGAGGCGAAGGGGUGGAGAUGAUGAGGACAGCUACAGUGCUCCAGCUGAGCCAGCCUACGACGAAGAGGCAGAAAAUCGCCGUCGUCAACAACAGGAAGAGGAGGAGGCAGCUGCCAGAGCUGCUCAAGAGGAAUACGAAAGACAGCAGGAAGAAUUACGUCGUCAGCGCCAAGAGGAAGAAAGACAGAGGCGAGAAGAAGAGGAAAGGAGACAACGGAAUAAAGAAAGAAUCGAAGACCAGGAACCUCAACGUUAUCAAAAGGCACUACAAGAACGAAAAAAGCAUGAAACGCGUCCCACAUCUGUUACAAAUGGUGAUACAAAGGACAAAGGUCAGAAAGCGGAGGAAAACGAGAAAUGGUCAAAGAAGUCAUUUAGCACUAGUUUUGAAGUACGACGAAUAUCAGAGGAGGGCAAGGCAGGCAAACUCAAAUCCUUCUUUGAACCUAAAGAAGACAAAUCACCUAAAACAAAUGGCCAUGCAUUACAGCCAGUUAAACGUCAAAAUUCAAUAAAAAGCCCACCUAUAGAUAAUAUGGAGGAUAAUCCGUUGAACCUCGUACAGGAACAAUUGGUCAAGUUUGAAACUAGUAUGCACCUUCAUCAGACACCAAGGAGUGACCCAAAGAAACACAGAGAAAUUGAAAUAAAAAUAAUAGCACAAGGAACAGACAGAUUGAAGGAUAUACAGAAAAAAUUUCAAGGCCAGAAAACAAUGGUAAAUGGCAACUCACCAAGACUGGGAAAAUUCAGUUCCAGUGAACAACACAUCAAUGAAAAAACGGAUUCCUGGCGAGAUAGUCCGUCAGUGGUGGGUCGUUGGAACCAUGAACCAAUUGACCUGACAAAAAGAACUUACCGUUCCACUUCAACUAUUUCAUUAAAUACGGAUAAUGAUUCCAGUGAACAAAAGAGAAGAAAAAGUGAGAAAAUUUCACUGUUGACUGCUCGAUUUAACAGUGUUGAUAGUUCUAAAGGGGAGAUAACUUCUCCUUUGUCACCAAGAGAGGGGUCAUCACUGCGACGUAAAUGGUCUCUGUCCUCAGACACCUCUUCUGAUACAACAGAUAAUGUUGUCGCUAGAUGGCGGGCCAGGAAUUCUCUUUCUAAAGUUACAGAUAGAUGGCAGCAUGAUCAAACUGACUCUCUCAACUCUAGCUUCUCAAGGUCACGACCUUUGUCUUCUCUAUCUCCCGAACUGAACAAAGAAAAUAGACUACCUACUAUCCGAAGGUCAAACAGUUUUAACUUGGACAGAAGUUAUACAGGUCGGCUGGAAGAAGAAGAGCGAUUGAGACUUGAACGCGAAGAACAAGAGAGAGAAGAGGCCCAAAGAAUGAUUGAUGAAGAAGCCAGAAUCGAGCAAGAAAAGCUUGAUGCAGAACGGAUUAAAAGGGAGAAGCUUGAGCAAGCUGAGAGAGAUCGUGAGGAGGAAGAGCGCCAAAAGCUCAUAGAGACGAAACUCAUCAUGCAAAAAGCAGCGGAGGACUUGAAAAACGAGGCCAAAGCCAAGGCAGAGGCUAAGGAGAAAUAUAUCAAUGACCUCGUACCCAAAUUUAGCACUGAUGGAAAGGAUGUAGCUGCUCUCCAAGCUCUUUGUAAAGAUUUUCACAAGAGGCUUUCACAACUCGAAGAAGAUGUUUACGACUGGGAGGCUAAGAUUCGCAAACAAGAUUUCGAGAUUAAUGAGUUGACACUUAAAGUGAAUGAUACAAAGGGUAAAUUCGUUAAACCUGUAUUGCGAAAAGUUAACAAAACAGAAAGCAAACUGGAUAAAAUUCAAAGAAAAGAAGCCAAAAAAUCAGAUUUCCGUGAUAACCUGAAGUCUUCAAGCAAACAUGCAGUAGACGAAGAAGGGGGAGAAGGUGAAGUAAGUAUACAUUAUCCACUUCAAUUGUUUUAAGUCUGGUUCAGUUUUCAGUUUACUACCAAUCAAUUUAAAGUGAAUUCAAAUAAUUAACUACCCAAAACCUUCAAAAUCCAUUAUAUUACUUCUUUUUAUUUAUAUUAAGAUUAAAUAUCUGUAUCUGCUUUUGUUAUUAUUAAUUAUUUUUUACUGAAAUGUCAUCCAAGACCAUUUUAAACAUUAAAACUUCAUAUCGAUUAUACAAACAUUUAUAGAUUCCAUGGGUGCGAAUGUCUGCUAACAUAUACUAGUGUCACCAAUGUAUCUAUCUACAUUUAUUUGUAUAUUUAGUUGGUUCAAUGGUUGUUAUGUGGUCGGUUCUGCAAAUGUUGUAACUUGUUGUUAAUGUUAGCAGCACUAUAGAAGUUGUCCUGUAAUUUGUAAAGUUUUCAUAGAUGUUCAAAUUAAUUAGUAUUUCACCAAUUUGCUCAACAAGGUUCAUAAAAGUCUCCUGAGAAUGUGUUUACACGAUGACAUCAAAUAGGUUGGACUAACUUCACGGAUGUUUAUGUACGACUUGUUUCAAUAUGAAAAUGAUGACUUCGAAUUCCUGUUUUAAAAGUGGCAUUAGAGACCAUGGAAACGUACUCAAAUGCACAUUCAUAUAUAGGUUUAUAUCAGUAUUAUUAUUAUAUUUGAACUUCUAAAAUACAUGGUACACUCCUCUAUUUAGGCUGAAGCUGAAGUGAGUAUCAUCUAUGUUUAAUAUUCGUCCAACUAUUGAUUGUUAUCCAUGAGAGAAAAAAAUGUUGAAAACAGCUAAAUGUAAUCCUUUGUCGAAUUAAAACAAAAAAUACAUGUUGCAAUAGUGAGCUUUCAAAUAUCAAGUGUUUCACAACACUAAAGGCAUAGGUAAGCCUUUAAACAAGUUGUUCAUCUAAAAAUGAUUUUAAUGUCAGCCACUAUUUUCCGAAGGAAUGAAACAUAAAUACGCAUGCAUUUAGUACUUUUGAUAAGAGAAUGACUUAAAUGAUAGACAGUGCAGAAAAAGUAAUAAUCUCUUUAGGAGGACGUUGAAGUAAGUAUUUGAUUGAAAUUUACUUAUAAUCGGAAACAGUAGUUUAUCCUGCAUAUUUAUUUUGUAAAUACUAAGCCCAACAUAUGAAAUAUAUCUAGAAAUCAUCAAGAUCAUUUAUACGAAGACCAACCUUGCCUUUAUAUAUAUAACAAAUAUGCUAAACUUUUUGACAUCAGAUAUGUGUGUAAAAUUCAUACACACGUACCUUUACAUAACAUUUAUAAGAAUUUUUGUAAAUUUUGUAUUGAAAUAAAUUCAUCUGAAGCACUGUAAGUUAGGUCUCAUUAACCAACAGACCUAGAAGCAUGAUAUUUAGCUGGUAGGUUUCUGGGAUCAACUAAAAGUUAACCUAAACAUCGUUACACCACAUCUCAUAUUCCUAGAGCUACAGAUUCAUCAGUUUAUUUAAAUACACUGUACAUUGACAUCCUCCAUCUAUUUAGGAAACAGCGGAAGUGAGCGCAGAAUAAAAAAUAUACUAGGUUAAAGAACGAAUAGUUAUUGAGGCUGACUCUGUUGAGCUAUACCUUAAAGGAUGAAAAGCACGAGAAUGUGAAAAAAUCUGACGAUGAUGAAAUGGAGGAAAAUCCUGACGCUGCUGUCGCAGAGGCCGAGAGUUGAACCAUUCAUCUCUGACUUCUCCUAUCCACCUUACAACUUCCGGUGUGAUUUCAUGGAAGAGUUCAUUUUAUAUGGGGUUUACAGAAGAUUUUUUUAAAUUAUCUAAUGAUAUAUGUAAAUGCAUGUAAUAAAAUAUUAUGGCACAGGUUUUUCCCCAAAAGACUUCUGAAUCGUUUGUGUUUAAAACCCCGAAAUCCUGAUUCACUUUCAAAGGCCUUCAGAACAGACAUUUGUGUAUCGUUUAUUUUAGUAGGGGUAGUUCUAUAUGAUUUGAGUAUAAAACAGAAUGAGUUUGGAUUUUUUGACCAAAUUGAUACUGCCAUCCGUGAUGACACUGUAUAGUGCUUUUGUAUAUAGAUAAGGAUUGAUAUAUCAGCAACCAAUAGCAACUGACAAAGUAGCAUAUGUGUAUGUACAUUAUAUCAGUCUUGUUACCAACAUAAGCAAUAUAAACCUGCUAGUCACUAAUGCUACUCUGGUUCCUUGGUUACGGUUGUCAUGGAAGAAAAGGGAGAUAACUUUAUUACAUCCAUCAUAUGCUCAGGUAUAUAUGGCCCUAAAUUCCUGGUUUGCAUGUGUGUUGUACAGUUAAAUAACGAUGUGCCUUUCGACUUUUUGUAUGUGUAGACUGGACAAUAACACUGGAGAUGGGUGUUACAAAGUGCAAUAGCUAGUUGCAGACUUUGAAAAAGUAAAUUUAUUCAGUGUUCUGCAUUAUCCUCCUCUGAACCUUAAUGGCAAUCACAGAAGUUGACCAAUCAAAACGUCCUUAUACAUUGAAUGCAGCAUGACAGAAGUAACCGUGGAAACCAUUGUAUGAUUAUUACAUAUAGUCUAUAUUUUAUCCAGUAAUGGGGUACUUGAUAUAUAACAUAUUAUCACUUGAUAUUCUCACUAGUCAAACCCCGUAUACAGCCUGUAUACUACUGAUGUCUUGGCCUCUCGUUAUUAUUACUAAUUAGAGUAUGGAACUAGGGGUUCUAGCCCUCUUUAGCACUGAUCCACUUUCUCUCCGUAGAGUUUAUAGUAAAUGUCAUAUUUGAGAGUACAUGUAUAUAUUUGAGUGUGAACAUGUUAUGCUGGCUAGUGUGAAUUGUUGGAGUUUGAUCGAGAGCGUACCACAACCGAUCAAAGAUCAACUUUACUUUUGAGUAUAUUUUGUCUGAAUUAAUUUUGGUAUUUAUUAUUAUACUGGUUAAAUAUAAUAAUUAUUAUUAUCCUUUGUUAUGUAUAGAUAUUAAACAGAUCUUAUAUUGGAACUAUGAUUGAUAUCCCUCUUGGCGACAUUAAAUUUAUUUAUGAAGGCAUUCUAAUGGAAAGUUAUUCUACAAAAAAAAGUAAAACUUGUUUUGAUUGCCACCUUUUAUCAUUGUUGUGUAUUAUUUUAUUCAAAUUCCAAUGUGACCCUACUCUACACAGCAGUAUUACCGUCAGAUGAAAGAACGUGUGUAGACAUUUGUGUUAGGUGUGCUCACCAGAGUUCACGAAAGAUCUUUUUUUUUAAUAAAAAAAACAAGGGGAGAUAACAUGGUAUUUAAGUAUAAUAUAUACUGUAGUAUAAAUAUAGGUCACUGUACCUGAGUUUUCCCGUUGUAAGUCUAACCUGAUAAUGCCGACACAUGGUAGCAAGUUUCUGCUUGUAGUAGUAAUAUCAUACCACAGACAGUCAUAAGCAAUAAAACUCAUUCCUUGCCA